GAAGCGCAAAAUCAGUACCAUUCGACAGUGCGUGAACACUGCGGACAAUGCGCCCAUCUCUGACCAGUGUCUUCCACCACAGCAGUGACUCAGACUGGGACCAGUCCCACUGACCACCACCAUCCUGUGCUGGUGCUAGUUCAGUCCUGCCCUGCUGUGGAGGAGGAGGCAUGUCCUACUGGUCAGUCGGCCUCUCCAAGGCCACUGGAGACACACAGAGCAACAACAUGGAGGAACAAGAGAAACACGAUCUUGAACAAGAUGGUUCUUUGGCAGUGGAGAACAUGGGAGCCAAGGCGUCUGCGAUGGGCAGCGGUGGAGCCUCCUCUCUGGGUCCGUCUCCAACCCUGGAGAACAUCCAGGCAGCGUACGGGGAAGGGGAGAGCAGCAGGGCCCGGGAGCUGAUCCAGCAAGCCUGCUGUGUGGAGUGUAGUGCAGCUAGUCCUCGGCUGGAGGGGCUGCGUCUCCUGUGUGUGGCCACCCAGCAUGGUGAUGAGGAGAGCGUGAGUUACCUCCUCCAUGAGGCCCAUGUGCCCCUGCCCCUGGAGCCAUCGGAGGGGAACCCCGCCAUCCUGGCUGCACACUAUGGACAUGUCAGCCUGGUCAGAGAGCUGCUCGACUCAGUACCAGGUCCGUUUGUCCACAGAGAUCUGUUGAACUGGAUGUUGGUGUCGGCGUGCCAACAGGGUCACCUGGAGGUGGUUAGAAUGUUGGUACAGGGUUACCAUGCCGACGCUGAGGACUGUGCCAUCCACCAGGAGGAGUUUGCUGUCAUCACGGGGCUGCCUCUCUACGCUGCUGCACGCGCAGGUAAUGAGGAGAUAGCUAGAUUCCUGCUGCAGAAUGGCGCUGGGCUGUCCUCCUACACCCUGAUGGAUUAUCCAGCCUUCAGCAGACUGCUCGUUGAACAACAACUGGUAGAAGAAGCAGACACACACACAGAACCAGCGGGAGAAAAGCUACUAUGUGGCCGUUGGUCAGGUCUGAAGCUGCCGUGGUUGGAGCUGGACUGGUUCAUGGACGUGUCAUCCCGUAUCUCCCACCUGGACCUGUCCUGUAACAGCCUCAGCUCCCUGCCCUCCGUGGUUCCCUGGGGGCUCAUACAGCUCCGGACCCUAGACCUCUCCAACAACCGGUUCAAAGAGCUGCACACAGCACAGAGCUCACAGGAGAUCAUCUGCUCCAGACUUCGCCAGGUGAAUCUGUCUCAGAAUGAGUUGACCAGCUUGCCGUCCGGACUGCUCCAUCUCACCAGAGUCCAGAGGCUCUCUGCUGCUAAGAACAAGCUCACCUCCCUGUUUGAUAUUCCUAAUGGUACUAACUGGAUAGGUCUGCGUAAGCUGGAGGAGCUGGAUGUGUCUGACAACUGUCUGACCAGUCUUCCCUCUGCUGUUCUUCACUCUUUCAAAUCCCCUCACUUCCCUCAAAGUCUGCCGGAACAGACUCACCAGCUUCCCUGA